GCGGCGGCCGGGGCCCCGCGGGCCGCCGCGGCGGCGCAGGCAGUGUGUGCUGGCACUGAGAACAAGCUGAGCUCCCUGUCUGACCUGGAGCAGCAGUACCGGGCCCUGCGCAAGUACUAUGAGAACUGUGAGGUGGUGAUGGGCAACCUGGAGAUCACCAGCAUCGAGCACAACAGGGACCUCUCCUUCCUGAGGUCUAUCCGAGAGGUCACGGGCUAUGUGCUGGUGGCUCUGAACCAGUUUGAGUACCUGCCCCUGGAGAACCUGCGCAUCGUGCGUGGGACCAAGCUCUACGAGGAGAGAUACGCUCUGGCCAUAUUCCUUAACUACAGGAAGGAUGGCAACUUUGGACUCAGGGAACUUGGCUUGAGGAACCUGACAGAGAUACUGAAUGGAGGGGUGUAUGUUGGCCAGAACAAAUUCCUCUGCUUUGCAGACACCAUUCAUUGGCAAGACAUCGUGAGGAACCCCUGGGCCUCCAACUUCACUCUGGUUCCAACCAACGGCAGCUCAGGAUGUGGUCGUUGCCACAAGUCCUGCACAGGAAGGUGCUGGGGACCCACAGAGAAUCACUGCCAGACCUUGACCAAGACCGUGUGUGCAGAGCAGUGUGACGGGCGCUGCUACGGGCCCUACGUCAGCGACUGCUGCCACCGCGAGUGCGCCGGCGGCUGCUACGGACCCAAGGACACCGACUGCUUUGCCUGUAUGAAUUUCAAUGACAGUGGUGCCUGUGUCACCCAGUGCCCCCAGACCUUUGUGUACAACCCCACCACCUUCCAGCUGGAGCACAACCACAACGCCAAGUACACCUACGGGGCUUUCUGCGUCAAGAAGUGCCCACACAACUUUGUGGUAGAUUCCAGCUCCUGUGUCCGGGCAUGUCCAAGCUCCAAGAUGGAGGUUGAAGAAAAUGGCAUUAAGAUGUGCAAGCCCUGCACUGACAUUUGUCCUAAAGCAUGUGAUGGCAUUGGGACAGGGAGUUUGGUGUCAGCUCAGACAGUGGAUUCCAGCAACAUUGACAAGUUUGUAAACUGCACCAAGAUCAAUGGCAACCUUAUCUUCCUUGUCACUGGGAUUCAUGGAGACCCCUAUCACACGAUCGCUGCCAUCAAUCCGGAGAAAUUAAAUAUCUUCCAAACAGUGAGAGAGAUAACAGGGUAUUUGAACAUACAGUCUUGGCCUGAGAAUAUGACAGACUUCAGGGUGUUUUCUAACUUGGUUACCAUUGGUGGGAGAGCUCUCUAUAGUGGCCUUUCCUUGCUCAUCCUAAAGCAACAAGGCAUCACUUCCCUGCAGUUCCAGUCCUUGAAGCAAAUCAGUGCUGGCAACAUCUACAUCACAGACAACAGCAAUUUGUGCUACUACCACACUGUCAACUGGACCAGCCUGUUCAGCACCCCCAGCCAAAAGACAGUGAUCCACAGGAACAAAAAGGCAGAGAACUGCACUGCUGAUGGCAUGGUGUGCAACGAGCUGUGCUCCAGUGAUGGCUGCUGGGGGCCAGGGCCAGACCAGUGCCUGUCCUGCAAGCGCUUCAUCCGGGGCAGGACCUGCAUCGACUCCUGCAACCUCUACGACGGGGAAUUCCGAGAGUUUGCCAACGGCUCUGUGUGUGUGGAGUGUGAUCCCCAGUGUGAGAAGAUGGAGGAAAACAUGAUCACCUGCUACGGGCCGGGUCCUGACCACUGCACCAAGUGUUUCCAUUUUAAGGAUGGUCCAAAUUGUGUGGAAAAAUGUCCUGAUGGCUUGCAGGGGGCCAACAGCUUCAUUUUCAAGUAUGCCGAUGAGGAUCGGGAGUGCCACCCGUGUCAUCCCAACUGCACCCAAGGGUGUAGAGGCCCAGCUAGUCAUGACUGCAUUUUCUAUCCAUGGACACGGCAGUCCACUCUGCCCCAGCACGCUAGAACCCCCCUGAUUGCUGCUGGAGUCAUUGGUGGCCUCUUCAUCAUCGUCAUCAUGGGCCUGACGUUCGCCGUGUAUGUGCGGCGCAAAAGCAUCAAGAAGAAGAGAGCCUUGAGAAGGUUCCUGGAGACUGAGCUGGUGGAACCCUUGACCCCGAGCGGCACGGCGCCCAACCAAGCCCAGCUCCGCAUCCUGAAGGAGACAGAGCUAAAGAGAGUCAAGGUCCUGGGCUCUGGAGCCUUUGGAACAGUGUACAAGGGAAUCUGGGUCCCUGAGGGAGAAACAGUAAAGAUUCCUGUGGCCAUUAAGAUCCUUAAUGAGACCACUGGUCCAAAAGCCAAUGUGGAAUUUAUGGAUGAAGCUCUCAUCAUGGCCAGCAUGGACCACCCACACCUGGUGAGACUCCUGGGUGUCUGCCUGAGCCCCACCAUCCAGCUGGUCACUCAGCUGAUGCCUCAUGGCUGCCUCCUGGAUUACGUCCAUGAACAUAAGGAUAACAUUGGCUCCCAGCUCCUGCUGAACUGGUGUGUUCAAAUAGCUAAGGGAAUGAUGUACCUGGAAGAGAGGAGACUUGUCCACAGGGACCUGGCAGCCAGGAAUGUCCUGGUGAAAUCACCAAACCACGUGAAAAUCACUGACUUUGGCUUGGCCAGGCUCCUGGAAGGGGAUGAAAAGGAGUACAAUGCUGAUGGGGGCAAGAUGCCAAUUAAGUGGAUGGCUCUGGAGUGCAUACACUACAGGAAAUUUACCCAUCAGAGUGAUGUGUGGAGCUAUGGAGUGACCAUCUGGGAGCUGAUGACCUUUGGUGGGAAGCCAUACGAUGGAAUUCCAACUCGAGAGAUCCCCGACCUGCUGGAGAAGGGAGAGCGCCUGCCCCAGCCCCCAAUCUGCACUAUUGAUGUCUAUAUGGUGAUGGUGAAGUGCUGGAUGAUUGAUGCUGACAGUCGGCCAAAAUUCAAGGAGCUGGCUGCUGAAUUCUCCAGAAUGGCUCGAGACCCUCAGAGAUACCUGGUGAUUCAGGGAGAUGAUCGCAUGAAGCUCCCAAGCCCAAAUGACAGCAAGUUCUUCCAAAAUCUUCUUGAUGAGGAAGACCUGGAAGAUAUGAUGGAUGCUGAAGAGUAUCUUGUUCCUCAAGCCUUCAACAUUCCUCCUCCCAUCUACACCUCCAGGACAAGAAUUGAUUCCAACAGGAACCAGUUUGUGUACCGGGAUGGCGGCUACACUGCCGACGUGCCAAUGCCCUACAGGGCUCCGGGCUGCAUCAUUCCAGAAGCCCCAGCUGCUCAAGGGGCCACAGCAGAGAUCUUUGAAGACUCUUGCUGCAAUGGCACGAUGCAGAAGCAGAAGCAGGUGGCAACCCUGGCAAAGGAGGACAGCAGCACCCAGAGGUACAGCGCCGACCCCACUGUCUUCAUUCCCGAGCGCGUCGUGCGGGGAGAGCUGGAUGAGGACGGGUACAUGACACCGAUGAGAGACAAACCUAAAACAGACUACCUGAACCCAGUGGAAGAGAACCCAUUUGUUUCCCGCCGGAAGAACGGAGAUCUCCAAGCUGUGGACAGCCCAGAGUACCACAGUGCUCCCAACGGGCAGCCCAAAGCAGAGGACGAGUACGUGAACGAGCCCUUGUACCUCAACACCUUCGCCAACACCUUGGAAAACGCCGAGUACCUGAAGAACAAUUUGCCAGAGAAAGCCAAGAAGGCCUUUGACAACCCAGACUACUGGAACCACAGCCUGCCCCCACGGAGCACCCUCCAGCACCCGGACUACCUGCAAGAGUACAGCACAAAAUACUUUUACAAACAGAACGGACGGAUCCGGCCCAUAGUGGCAGAGAAUCCCGAAUACCUCUCUGAGUUCUCCCUGAAGCCUGGCACUGUGCUGCCCCCGCCGCCCUACAGACACCGGAACACCGUGGUGUAGUGGCUGUGCUCUCACUCAAGUGGAAAGGCAACCCCUUCUAGCUGCCUCACUCUCGCUCCCCCUUUCUCCCUGCCCUUGCCCCUCCUUCCUCCCUCCCUCCCUCUCUUUCUCCCAUGAGCUUCCUCUUCUUGCCAGUUCACUCAUUUUUGAUAUUUCUAAGUGAAAGGAUGUCUUGGAGUUGGUUGCAGAUUGGGUUGAGAGCCAAGGAAGGAAGGAAAGAGACUGAAAGAAGGAGUGUACAACCUGGCUUUCCCAGUGUCGGCGGACGCGGGGGUUGGAUGCCCAGAGAAGCCAGGUGGUACCAGCAAAGGCCAGUGGCAGUGCUGCUGUCGAGCUUGUUCUCAGUGACUCAACUGUAGGGAAAGCCACAGAAAGGCUGAUUCUUUCAGCAGGAACUGAUGAGAGUCUGUACAGCAUUCCUGGAAAUCUCCAUGCAAUUUCCAUCAGGGUGAAAAAUGGACAAUUUUUAUAUCCUGUGUGAUAGCGUAGUAAUUGAGAUUGAGAAUCCAAUUUCUUUCUCUAACACUUUCUAUCCCAGCAACUGAAAAUGGCUAACAUAGCUUUUCAAAAACAUUCAGAUCUUCAUUGUGGCUUUCCAAGAAAUGAUGAUGUGACUCCCACAUACAGCUAAGCCCCUCUUCUGAGCCACACCGUGAUUUUGUGCCAAUUCCCAGCCACAGAGACUCCUGCUCAGAACUGCUACCUGACAUGACCAUUUUUGUAUGUGUGCCAACACAACAAUCACUCUAAACACAAAAUACCUUUCAGAAGAGAGUAACAAAACCACACCUCCAAUAUGUUCAUUUGAAGCUAAAAACCCAGGCCAAGAAAUGAAGAUUUGUAUGCCAAAAGCUUUGCUUUCCUGUUUUAUACCUGCUGACUAUAAACACUUCAAAAGAUUGUCACUAAUUCUUCCCUCUUUUUCUUCAUGGUCAUGAAGGGAGCUGGGGAUGCUGUCAGGCAACACUGAGGACAAGAUAGAGAACUGAAAAGUUUGAUUUUCUGUGGGGUGGGGUGGGAAGGGUCCUUUAAACUGGAAGACAGACACUGGACUGGAGAAAACGCACAUAGCGGUUCACUGGAAAGUUAGUUUGCACUUAACCUCUGAUUUUAUUUGAACUGUUUUCUGGAUUUUGAAUGAAGCAAUAUGGAAGUGACCAGCAAAAUACAAAAUAAUAAUUUUAAAUUAAAAAAGAAAUAUAAAUUAUUUGUAAAGGAUGACUGUGGAAAUGCCAAAAUGAAGCAAAUCAAGUCUUUGGAACAAUGUCUGCCACUCCUGAGAGGCCGAUGCAGUGACUGCUUCAGAGAAUUCAGUGAGAGAGCAGCCAGCUCUUUCUGCUGCUCUAUGAAGGACAGCAGAGCAAGCCCUGGAAAGGAUCAGGGGAGGCAAAUGUCCUGCUCUGCCUUGCAGCACAGUACAGAAUACCAUUUUUCUAAAAGGAGGAUUACUCUGGCACAGAAGACAGUGCAUAUGAGGUUUGAGAAGUCAAAAUGUGCAUGAUUUGCAGAGCUUUCUGUGAAAAAUGUAAAUAAGUAUGAGUCAGUCUCCUUGCACUUAAUUCUGCUUUUAUCAACCUCAGUUUUUAGGUAGACACCCCCUGACCUGCUCCUCUUUGGAAAAGUCUUUCAAACCAGAGUUCUGGACGUUUUUAGUGAUCUGGGGCAGAUGGAGCUGGGAAAGGAGGCACCAAGGCUUGCUCCUGGCACACCAACACUGUGUGUGUAAGAGCAUUUGUGAGCCUACUUCCCGUCAAACAUCUUAAGGAAGCUUUGGAGAUCUGCCUGUCUCUAUCCAUCAAGGCUUUUAAGGGGAAGAAACAAUACCUGGUGGCUGGCAACCGUGGGUGAUGCAACAGUAUUUCAGUUUAUGUGCUUCAGCUCUGUUAGGGCCGAGACGUUUGGGGUGACCUAACCUGGCAACAAAACCAGCAACAACCAGGGAUCUGGAAAUGGCAUCACCCUCCUCUAAACUCCUGCCAUUCCAACAGCUUGCCACCUUUAAUCUUAGGGAAGCAGAGGAAGGGAGUAAGAAACAAGCAAUGGUUACCUGAAGCUUAGUAGGUCAGCUUGACAAAGGUGUGAAGAGAUGUUCAACCUGGCUUGGUUGUUCCCCUCGUAGAUGGAAAACACACUGUGAUCACAAGGCUGGUUCAGCUGUUGGUGCACCAGGUGUGUCCAGGUGUGCAUCAAGUACAAAGCUGAAGGUUCUGAAAGCAGCAACAACAGGUACAGAUCUUUGAGCUGGUAAAGGAGAUCUUGGGUCAAGUGGUGCCAAGGUGGUUUGUGGUGAUAUGACCACUGUCAUGGAUAGAUGGAUACAAUCUGCACUGAAGGACCUCUUCUGGUGCCUCUGGUAGCUCCUCGGGGGACAGGGGCACACACUGGGCACAGGCUGGGGCACAGGGGGUGGCACGAGGCCCUGGGGGGCUGCUCCAGGCAAGGUUUGCCCACAGCAGUGCCCACAGGGUGUCUCUGCCAGGCUGGGACAGGGAGCAGCACAGGAAUGUGGGUGUCCCGUUUCAGCAGGACCAUAGGUAGGUGGAGAAAGGUUGAUUUGUCCCCAGACAGGUCUUGUAACAGAGUAACUCCUGAUGGAGAAAAACUAUAAAAUAAAAAGCUGGCUCAGCUCGCAUGUUUGAAUUGAGAGCUGAACUCAGAGGCUGCUGGGACAGAGGCAGGCACACCUCCAGAGCCAGGCACUGGGAUGGAGCUGCUCACGCAAGGUGAGGCCUGUUUGUUCCUCUGGUAAUGAAGUAGUGCUCGUGUUAGAAACAAGCCCAUGGAGUAAUCCAAGUGUAAAUACUGGUGGGGUUUAACAAUUUAACGUUUUAUUUCUUACAAGGCUUGAAUUAUUUAUUAAUUUUAUUUGUUGACUGUGGGUGUGCUAUAAUAUAUUAAGUAGCAUGGAAAUGCAGAAGUUCCUGCAGGUGGGGCAGCAGGAAAGCUGGAAGAGGAACUUGGGCUCUGCCUGGCAGCCAGGAUGAGCCAUGCAGAGCCAUGCUAGUGGGGUCUGGGAUAGCAGAGGACAGGCAGAGGCUUAAUGAGCACAGUGAUUCGGGAGGAGGGAGAGCUCCACACACUGCAGCUUCUCAAUUUUUAAUUUUUAAUUAUUUUCUGAGCUUCUGGUUUGAGUUGCAGUUGCCAAAACUGGCCCUUGAGUUCCAUGCUGUGCCAGUCACCACUUGCCCAACAGAUGGGCCUGUGUGGUGCUGAGGCUGCUGGUGAACCAACCCAGAGAGCAGCAGAUAUCUGAACCCUGCCCCUUUCCUCUGCAGGAGAAGAUCUGAGCUUGGCUGGCAGGUUGUGCCUCUUUGCAACAGAUGGUUUAAUCAUGGCUAAAGAAAAAAGAAAGGGAAACUGAGAGCAGAAGUGUUUGGCUGCUUUAAUUCCAGCAGAAACUCCUGGCUGUCCCUAACUCACAUCUUUGCCUUACUGGGUAUUGCUGCUGGCUUGGGGAGAGAACUUGGGCAAGUGCACAUGGCAAAAUCAUGGCAAGCAUUCAGCUGGGAUUCAUAUGGGAUGAAAGAUGAGGGCCAAGGUCUUUAAUGCAUAAUGACAGGUUUGGGAGAAAAGCACAUAAAUCCACACACAAACUGCAUUUUGUCAGCACAAAGCAGCAGGUGAGGAUAUCAACAGAAGUACUUUGGGUGUGAUUCAGUCUGUAGUGCUACAGAAGUACCUGGUUAUGUUUUGUGGGAUUUAGAAUGCAGCCUCCUGUUUAUAAAUGUUCUGGUUCCUCCUGCCAUGGCCGGUGCCACAGGAGAGCAGUGACCAACUUUUCAAGAGCACCUUUUUACCUGAGUGUGGAUCAGCCAUUAUCCAAGGCACAAAGCAACCUGCUAAAGGAAAGAGAACAACAUUUAUUAUUUUCUCCUGAUCUCUUUCAGUGUAACUUGUCCUAGCUGUUAUUACCUACCUGAGGGUUAUUGCAAGCAGAUGCUGGGGCCAAUUGACUCACUUUAACAAAAUUGGCUGAAACCAACUCCUUUUACAUUUACUUCUUCAGAUCUUUUCAGAUUUUUCUUUUUCAGCAAAACAGCCAAGAGGGAUUUUUUUUACAUGGCCAUUGGCUCAGAUGUCGCAGAGUAUUUACAACUAUAUUUCAAACAGGUUGUCUCUCUCAGGUAGCAAGAGAUGGAAAUAAAUCUGCAAUAGGAGCCAUCAUGCAGGUCUGUUUGAGGUAGCCUGAAAUCCUUUUCUGUGUACAAAGAAAUGCUGUAUUACCCCUGGAUGUACCACUUACUUAGUAGGAAAUGUGCUUCUUGACUGCAAGGCUCAUCUGCAAUGAUCUGACACCUGUUCCCACUAAAGAUCUCACCCUCAGCCAGCACCAAUCCCAGCCCAGAAGGAAGGAAAGUGGCAGCUCUGGAAGAGCAGCUCAGCCCUGACUCUGUGGAUCCACUCUUUCCAUAGCUUUAGGUAAAGAUGGACAGCACAGGGGAGGAGUGGUGAGGUGAGUCAGCCUAGAAAUACAGCUUGGUUUUGGGGAUGGAAAAUCAAACAUUAAAGAAAAAAAAUCUAUUUUUGUCUAAUGGUGUGUCUGUGUAGGUGUUGCACAUCAUGGUGGCAGCUAAUGGAAUGAUGGAAUUGUGUGAGCUCCUUUAUUCCACCUAGGAGAUGAAGAGACAAGGCAGAAUGAGGCUGUUGGUCUUGUAAUUCCCCAGGAUAACUGGAGGCAUCCCCAUGAGCUGUGCUUCCCUGGCAGCCCAGGAGCCCUGGGCAGGCAUGUCCUUACAGAAAGGACAGCACCCACAGGGACGCUCCCACUGCAGCCUGCCAGCCUGUGGGGAGGAAGGAAUGGAGCCCCAGAGGUGCCCUGGGCAGUGCCCAUGGGUCAGGGUUGGCUGCUCCCACCCUGGUUUCCCAAGUGCAUUUCAGAACUAUGGAGCUCAGAUAGGUAUUUACGUGCUAGGAAGGAUUCUUGGCUUGAGGGUGACUGGUGAAAAAGAAGCUUUAGAAUAAUGGGAGCCAGGCCUGCAGUUUUCAGUCACCUCUUUGGCUCUUAGAGGACAUCUCAGUGGGGAUGAUGGCACCUCAAUGUCCCUUUGGCAAGGCUUUUUCAGAAGGUGGUGGCACAUGAAGUCUCUGCACCUGCUCAUUUCCAGCUGUCACUUGCUGUAGUCUCACUCCUGUGGAUCUUGGACCUCUGCUGCUGACAAAACAGCUCAUCUGUGGUUAUGUAAAAAUCUUGGAUUUGGAUCAGGUUGUUUUUCUAGGUAGGGUGACUGGCUCUAGUGCUUGUGUUCCAUCAAGCAGGGAGCUGCAGUUAUCCCACAGAGUAGCCUCUGCACUGCACUGUGUGUGCAGGAUUCCCUCUUUUUUAUUUUCUGCCUGUUGCUAAUCAUUACUUAUAAAGGUAGAAAAGGUCACUGUUACAAAUGGGGCUUUCAGACUGGGAACAAAUAGAGAAAUAAAGCUAUGUGGUUUGGACUCUAAAAUGUCCAAAAAUCAUGUCUCUAUGUUAGUUCAAUAUUAUUUUAGCACAAUUUUGGGUGGAAUGGUGGUUUGUUCCAAUGGUAGGCUCCUUGCUCUUGAGGAGAUCACAGGCAGGUGAGGCUGAGGUUGGUGGUGGUGCUGCAGUGAUGGCUGGGAUCUGCCUGUAGUUUUGGACAAUGCAGAGCACUUUUUAGGGAGCUUUGUGGUUGUUCAGGUCUGAGUGAUGGUGGUGGGACUCAGUGGGGCUUGAACUGUAGCCAGUGUCAUCUAACCAGAGCCAGAGGGACACUUUCUGCCCAGGGUGUCCUCCAGCUGGGGUCUGUGGCAACAAUACAGGAAAAGGUGUGAGGGGGAACAUCCCAAUAGGAAACUAGAGGAGUCAAAGCUGGGUAAUUUUUCCCCCUUUUUUUAAAUUUAAUUUUAGAAGUGAGCUUUGUGUACCUUGGCAGAGAGAGGUUUCAAGGGGAGUUUUGUAAGGUGUUAGGCAGUGCGAGUAGUUCUGUCCCAGUUAUUCUCCCCUCACCAACAAAAAAGCCAUGAAAUCACCCUCCAGCAGUGUUUUGGAUGAGCCCUUCACCUGCUGUGGAGGUGCAUCCUGGCCAGCACCCUCAGGCUGCUGGCUCAGGUGUGACCAGGGCCACAGGUACAGGAGCUGUCACCAAGCACCAUUUGCCAGCAGUUUGGUCCCCAGCCCAACCUUUGAGCUCUCCUAGGGGGAAACACUGCAUUGUCCAUAGCACUCUGAAGACUAAACCCUUUUGGGAUAACCACAGUAGGGAACUGUGACUGGUAUUUUCUAAGUGUAGAUAUGUAUGCUGUUCUUUCGAGGUAAGGUACUCUGACAUAUGUAGCAUAAACUGGUCCUGCUGUUAAAUGGGUCGAUUAUUAACUGAGCAGCUGUGUAGGGGGUAGCUAACUUUGAAUGCAUGAAAUCACUGGAUUUGGGAUGGGAGGUAGGUACUGGCUGCUUGUGGGGGUACUUAUGGUGGGGUAAUGCAAGAGGGAAAUGCAGGUGAAGGAGAAAACUGGGAAUUUUUUAUAGCAUUUUAAAGAUGGAAAUCGGUACCCAUUCGAUACAUUAUUCACAAUGGUUUUAAUCCCUUCUUUUGCUCAGUUUUUGCUACUUCCCCAAUAUUGUAAGCUGGAAUUGCUAUAUAGGUAUCAGGGAAGGGAAACUGAGGGGAAAAGAAGUCUCUUUCUAAGAACAGAGAUAGCCAAAUUUUAUUUCCUGACCUGGUGGUCUUGAACCACUGACUUUUCAGAUGAGGCUCCAAUUCAGGCCCAGGGUAUGACAUUGGUGUCCCCUUGGAAUCAAAGGCUCCCACCUGGCAGGGGACACUGGGGUAGCACUGGGCUCCUGGUGCCAGCAUGGCCCAGCCCAGAGGAACCAGCAGCACACACAGGUGGGGUGGUCUGGGUUCCUGUCAAUCCUCCCUGUUCUGAAAGAGCCACAACAUCAAACAACAAUACUUCUGCCUUAUGAAGUACCUUCAGAAGAAGAGAAGUGUCAGCAAGUUGGGGAAGACACUCAUUUCUUGCAAAGUGAUGCAUUCAGAGUUAGCUGCCUUUCUGAAACAAAAAUAAAAAGAAAUUCAAUACCUACUGUAUGUUACUUUGAAAAUGUGAAUAGUAUUUUUAUAGCUUGUUAAAGACACAGCUAGUUGCAUUUGUAAAUAAGGAUAAUGUUGCUUUUAUUUUCCUUGUGGACUCCAUUGUUUGGAACAUAAUUGUCCUUAGGGUUGAUUUGUAUAUAGGUAAUUUGCUUGUGAUUUAAGCCGCUCCUCCCCUUUCCUUUCUCUCCCUCCCUCCCCACCCUCUGGUUUUGGUUAGAGGUACCAUUUUCAGCAUUCUGUGUGAUUCUGUGUUUUAGCACUGUUGUGGUGUGUUCAGACUUUCUGCACUUGCUUACACAGUAGGGUAUGCCAAUCGUGUGUGGCGUAAUGUUCCUUUAACCUUUCCUUUCUCAUAUUUUAGCUGUUGGGAAUUAUACACUGUUAAAAUACUUACUGACCUGGGUUAAUAUUAGGUACAUAUUUUAGCAUAAUUUCCCUUCUUUUCAUGGUUUCUCGGGUUUUUUCUUUUUGUUUAUUUUUCCUUUCCCUUCCCUUUUGUCUUGUUUGGAAGCUGGGAAGAAACCUGUGGAUCUUCUCUUUGUGUGGUUCUAUUCCCCACUCCCGUGUGCAGCCCAGAGUUUCUCCUCAUGGUCCUUGGGGUAGAGCUUUAUCUGUUUGUUAAGGCAAAUGUAGACUGCGACCCACCUUGCAUCAACCCACGCUCAUCCCAGCUGAACAAUUUGAAAACUGUUCUGCCUUUUUGUUACAUGAAUCUGUCAGAAAUAUAUUUUUAAUUUAAUAUAAAUGAAAUUCAAUAAAAUAUGAAACAAA